AAGUAGCGUAUGAAUAUCAACACAAUAUUUGUAGUUUCGCGGAAAUUCCAAAUCCGUUUUGCCGCUCUUGCCAAAGAAGAAACCAACUUAUACGUUUUCAUCUAUUUAAACUGAAUUCCAAGGGUCCUUCAUCUAGUAUCAAAAGAACUUCGUCAUGACCGAGUGCUCCUCACGGCCCGUUUGCCACCCCCUCGGCGAACACAUAACCCCCUGUAUCUUGGUAAAGCAAAACACGCAGUGGUACCCAGAAAACUGUAACUCCAUCAUCAUGGUGAACCCUGCAUCUUCGCUUGUUGUCGACGCUAGCCGGUACCCAACCCAACUCCAAGAAUAUACAGGAAGUCCGCUUCAACUAUGGUGCUUUGAGCGCACUGAGACGGGCACCUUCUUGAUAAAGAAUGUUGGUAAUCAGAGAUAUUUGCAAGUAGAGGGCGACGGCACAAAUGGUAGACGAAUAGUCACUGACGUAAAAAACGGGGGACCGAGUCAGCAGUGGCAGCACCAUCAUCUUGAGCAGACGAUAACAAAUUCAGCCAGUGGUAGAGCGUUAGAGAUAAACGGGUUUAAUUUUACUGCAGGGUCUGUGAUACUAAUUAAUGAUAAAAAUGCUGGAACUAAUCAGAGGUUUUCUCUACAAUAUAAAUAGGUUGAUUAAAGACAGCACAAAUUCCAACUACGAUAUAUGGAAACAGUUAAAUGUCAAAAUUCAAACAAAUAAAUAGUUCUUAUACCUGUAAUUUUGAAAUAGUU